GUCGAUAUCUUGAGCAAACCAACACUUCUCCGCCCAGGACACACUCCUGGAGCCAUGUUUGCGUCCGGUGAACCGUACUCGACACUAGCACUGGGCAAACACUUACACACACAUAAAUAAAUAAACGACGAGUGUCAAUGAGCGGAUCCGGAUCAUCUUUGGCGAGUUUCGUAGCUUUUCCUGGAAAAGACCUGCCACUAAACCCCACAUGCCUCCCCCGUUGAUCGCGUCUCGAUGAGCCCUUUGGACCACGCCCGGAAGUGUGCUUCGCCUUCACGGUCCCACCAUGGUUCGCAUGGCCGGUUCGAAGCUGCUGGCCCGGCUUCUGCUGCUGAUCUCGUCGGUGACGCUGAUCUCGCUGCUGGCGCUGACUCGGUGUGGCCUCGGCGGGCUGAUCGCCACCGAGAACGGCGGGGGGCUGGUCAGUGCGAAUAUGGGCGGCCCGGUGGGGAUUGGUGGCGAUGAGGAGUACGCCGCAGGUGGGGGGAGUUCCGGAGUGCGGGAACUUUCGGCCGAUAGGAAUGAACAGCAGAGUGGAUACCUGCAGAUGUUGCAGCAGCGGGAGGAGGAGAACAUCAAGGAGGUCGCGAAGCUGACGGCGGAGAUCAAGGCACUCAAGUUGCAGAUCUUGCAGCUGAAGAAUGCUGCCGGGCAGCAGCUUCCGUCGAGUGAGGUGAUCAACGGAAGUGGGGUGGUGCUGAACUCACCUCAGACGCCGACGUUGCACGACUGUUCGGCGUUUAUCCGAAGACAGGUUGGUUCGGCGGAGAUUCUGCAUGGUCUACCGCUGAACAACGAGUACGAGUUGGUACCGUUUAAUCACUUCACCUUUAGUCGGGUGUAUCCGAUCGAGUUGGGACUGGGGAAGCGUGUUGUUGAGAAACCCAUCGGGUACAAACGGAGAGACAUCCUAGGCGCUCUGAACAAGGCGAUCGAGACGCUGAAUCGAAACAUAACCACAAACAUGCUCAAGUAUACGUUGGAUGAUUUUACGGAGGGCAUCUACCGGAACGAGCCGACAACGGGGACGCAGUACGAGUUGUACUUUAGGACAAAGGACGUCAACAAAACGUCAUCGAGUAGUGGCCAGCAGCAUCAGCACGGUGACCACAGCCAGCACGGCACGACGAAACUGGUCGUGAUGCGACCAUUUGCACCGCUUCAAACCAUCCAGAUGGAGGCGUACCCGAAGCAGCAGGAGAAGGAACUGAUCCAUAUCAUAUUGCCACUGUCCGGCCGGACGUCGACCUUCCAGAGCUUCAUGGACAAGUACGUCAAGAUUGCGCUGAAGCAUGACAAGCGGGUUCACCUGACGGUGGUGUAUUUUGGAGAGGAUGGGCUGUCGGAAGCGCGUUCGAUCAUGAGCCGAGUCAUCGGGAUGAAGAACUCCGGUGGGAACUCGUCGAACCUGAAGCUGUUGGCGUUGAACGAAACGUUCUCGAGGGCCAAGGCCCUCCGAGUUGGUGCUGAGAAAGUCUGGAGCAGCAAUGUAAAUAAGGACAAGGACGUGCUGCUGUUCAUGUGUGAUGUAGAUGUAGUGUUUAGUGCUAAAUUUUUAGAUAGAUGCCGUUGGAACACCAAGCCAAACAAGAAGGUCUACUACCCGGUGGUGUUCAGCUUGUACAAUCCGCACGUGGUGUACACGUUGCAGGGCAAAGAAGUUCCGCCGGAGACGGACCAGUUGCUCAUCUCGAAGGAUUCGGGCUUUUGGAGGGAUUUUGGGUACGGCAUGACGUGCCAGUACCGGUCGGAUUUCCUGAAGGUGCGAGGAUUUGACGAGGAGAUCAUCGGGUGGGGUGGUGAGGACGUGAUGCUGUACCGGAAGUACGUCCGGUCACACAUCAAGGUGAUUCGCGCGACGGAUCCGGGUAUCUUUCACAUCUGGCAUCCGAAGAUCUGCAGCGGGGAGGCCGCCGGACAGAAGUUAUCGGUGGAUCAGUACCGGGCUUGUAUCCGGUCGAGGGCGCUGAACGAAGCGUCGCACGCACAGCUAGGGUUCCUGGCCUUCCGAGACGAUAUCGUGGCGAACGAGGGAAAGAUCUUGGCGGGAGUGAAACAGGUGGGAAAUUACAGUAAGGUGGGACACAAGGUUACUAAAAACGGUGGGAGCGGAGCAGGCAAAUCGAAGGGUCCGACAAACAACCGAAAAAGCAGCACAUGAUCUUUCAUGAUACAGCAUCAGGAGAGCAUUUGGAGGAUCGAGUUCUAGGGUAGGAUUUAGGACCAAUAAAAAGUAGAGGUUAGGUCAAGCGACGGUAGGAUUCCUGAUGUUUGUAAACAAACGUGCUCCUUUUCGGUUUUGAGGUUAGGUUUUGUACCACACAGACAUUUUGUACAGACAACACACUCGUAGGAACCGAAAACACAUUCCACAUUUUUUCUAGCUUUACCGAUUGAUCGAAGCGAUCGACACUUUUUAGAACAAAUUUAGUACGAAACAUUCCAGCGGUGACACUCGUCGCCGGCUCAAUUUGACAGAUACCUAGAAUCGAGUGAGCACGAUAUCAAAGGGAGGGAGGCAGGAGGGAAGUGGGAAGCGAUUAAAUCAUUUUUCCUCUGUGACACCUCUCGGUUACACCUUACUACACGGUUUGAUUGGUGCGCGCCGGAAGUGUCCGCCACCGUAAAUAGAGCGCGUUACAAAAAAGAGCUCUAGUUUAGAACUGCUGCUGCGGCCACUGGCGUAAUUAAGGUUUAUGAUUUGUGGUGACGAGCCCGCGUUAUCGUUAGUUUAUCAGAGUUUAUUUAGCGUGCGCGUACGCGCGGGAAAAUAUGCUCAUUUCGAAGUGACCUGAAGCCGAACCGUCAUUAGUUCCAUUGCCAAAAAGACAAUUUAAUGUGGUUGAAAAAAAACACGAAUGUUUGUUGAAUUGAGAAUCGUUUUUUGUUUGGGUGAGUGCGGCGAACGCAGAAUUGUUGGAUUUAUUUUCACGCGUCAUGGGCGAUCUGUUGUAAAUAUGUAGGAAAUUCUUGGAAUUAAUCAAAAGAUGACAAAAGGCAGAAUAGAACGAAUAAAAUUUCUCCAGAUAUUGGAAAUUUA